UAUUUUUUUCAGCCGUUUCUGACAAAGAACUACAGAACGUUCGCAACCCGCCGUAAAACCAAAAGAAGAACUGCUGAACGUCUCAUCAUCACUAUUACCGCUUUCUCAAAUGUGCCUUCAGGUUUUCCGUACUUGAGCUCGCAUGUGUUUUCAAAUCUCAACAUGGAAGAGGCGUCUCCUCCUCUGCGAUGCUUUCGUGAAUCACACUCCUCUGAGCUUUUCAACGAUGACGGCGUGCAAACGGUGACCUCGAAAGAACAGAGAAAAGUUGAAUGCAGUAUUCAAGAGGUGUACAGUGUUUACCAGCAAAUUCACACCUCACCGCAGCCUGCUUUAUUGAGGGAGCAACACUGUCAUUAUCUGAAGAAAGGUUUAGGCCAUCUCUCUGAUGCAUAUGAGUGUUUGGAUGCCAGCCGACCUUGGCUCUGCUACUGGAUCCUGCACAGUCUGGAGCUGCUAGAGGAGCCUGUGCUGGCAGCAGUUGCCUCAGACGUGUGCCAGUUCCUGGCCAGAUGUCAGAGUCCGACAGGUGGGUUCGGUGGCGGUCCGGGUCAACACGCUCACCUGGCUCCCACCUAUGCAGCUGUAAAUGCCCUUUGCAUCCUGGGCACAGAGGAGGCCUACAAAGUCAUCAACAGAGAGAAGCUCCUGGACUUCCUGUAUUCUGUGAAGCAGCCAGAUGGCUCCUUUGUGAUGCAUGUGGGCGGGGAGGUGGACGUCAGGAGUGCAUAUUGUGCAGCUUCUGUGGCUUCACUCACCAAUAUAAUCACCCCCACCCUGUUUGAUGGGACGCACAAUUGGAUUCUCAGCUGUCAGAACUGGGAGGGUGGUUUAGGUGGAGUUCCAGGACUUGAGGCACAUGGUGGCUACACCUUCUGUGGUACUGCUGCUAUGGUCAUACUGGGCAAAGAACAUAUGCUGGAUCUUAAAGCCUUGUUACGCUGGGUAACCAGCAAACAAAUGCGUUUUGAAGGUGGAUUUCAGGGCCGCUGUAACAAGCUGGUGGAUGGGUGUUACUCCUUCUGGCAAGCAGGACUAUUACCGUUACUCCACAGGGCCCUUUUUAAAGAAGGAGACUCAACGCUAAGUGUGAGUAGCUGGAUGUUUGAGAGAAAGGCUCUGCAGGAAUACAUCCUCCUCUGCUGCCAGAAUCCUGGUGGAGGCCUUCUGGACAAACCGGGCAAGUCUAGAGAUUUCUACCACACGUGCUACUGUCUGAGCGGACUCUCAAUAGCACAGCAUUUUGGAAACAAAGACCUCCACAACGAGCUGAUCAUCGGUCGGGACGAGAACAGACUGGCACCAACUCAUCCAGUUUACAAUAUCUGCCCAGAGAAGGUCGCCCAAGCGAUUGAACAUUUCCACCGGUUACCUGUUCCAGGUCAGACGGGACCUACACCAAGUGCAAUGGACCAGUCCUAGACUUUUCCUUUUUCUAUAAGAAACACAUUUGGGGGUUUGAGCUAGCUUGACCUAAAGCAGAGACAUCUUCUGUAAAUGCUGUAGCCAAACGUCCUUAGCUGGUCUGUACAGCAUCUACAGAUGGGGAAACACUCUGAGGGCCCAAUCUACUACAGCUUAUGAGUUUUAGCCAGGGAAAACAGUAGAGACUGACUAGGCGAGGUGUUCUUCAUGCACCAGUCGUUGAUUGAUAUUUUAUUGCACAUUCCAGCUUAUUUUGGGGUUUGGUAAAUGUUUCCCAGAGUGCAUGUGGCAGUAGGUUCUGGACAGAAAUAAAGACUUGGAUGGAAGUUUGAUUUUAUUUCCUGGCUGGUGUAUUGUGGAGGAUCUAUACUCACUGUGGGCAGUCCAUUAUUUAACUUUAACUUCUGUCAUCUCUAAUUUGGAGUGCUGUUUGACUGAAAUGGAUAUGGUAACUGCCAAAUACAUAUAGUUUACAUUUUGUCAUCUUUGGCUACAAUUGAAAAAUAUAAUCUGUGCGGUUCAACAAGCUUUUAAACUGUCUUCAGUCAUGCUUUUAAUCUUAAAAUGCUGGUAUAAAAUAUCAAAACAGAAUCGCAUUUUAUCAUAGUACAUUACAGGAACAGUUAAUCCAAAAAUGAAAUUUGUGUCAUUAUUUACUCACUCUCAUGUCCAAACCUGUAUGACUUCAUUUCUUUUUGUGGAACAUAAAAGGAGAAGUUUGGAAGAAUGUUGACACUGCGUUUUUAUGUAAAUGAAAUGGAAAUGGUAACAAAGGCUGUCCUAUAACAAAAAAUUAUUAAAGUAAUCCAUAAAAUUCCUCCUCACCCGCGUUGAUUCUAAUGGGGUGAAGGCAUCUCCUGAUGUGAGCAUAUGAAUAUGCAUAAGUAUGAAUGAAAUUUGAGACCUACGAUGGAGGGGAACGAAUUCAAUGAAAUUUUAUUUGUUCCUUACACAAAGCUACACACAUCUGGAUUACAAGACUUUGAUAAAAGCACACCCAUAAUAUAGACAAAUUUUAUGGUGCUUUUUUAUUUUUUGCCAGUUUUUAAGUUUAGCAACUGAGCUUAGUGUUUGAAAACUUUAGCAAAGUCAUACGGGUUGGAAACAUGACUUCAAUUUGUAUUGUGGCGAUUUGGACCUUGGAGUCAAAAAGAUUGAGAACCAAAGGAACCACACAUCAUAUGUAAAGGAUAAAAUAGUUUUAUUUAUAUUCUUAUUGUAAAGAUAGGCCUCAACUUGCAAGACAACUGUUGGCAGUAUGUACAACAUACCUGUAAUUUCCAUGGAAUGGAAUCAGACAAAGAAAGACCUACUUGGUUUACCAAUGUACUAAGUGGAAAAUAUGGUAUAAGAUACACGCGCGCACACACUCAUGUCUCCUAGACACUCAAAAUGCAACUUCUGUGGUGUGCAGCAGUCAAAUUUCCGAUGAACAUUUACCUUUAAAAGUCACGACAUGAAUCUACUCUUUCAAUAUUGACUAGCUUUGUGGGGGAAGCAUCAUUUGGAACAUUAAUAUUCCCAAUAUUGAGUGAAAUACAUAAAAUACAUGUUUGGGAGGCUCAGAUGACAGAUGCAAAAUAUAUGCUUUAUCACUUAUUUUUUUAUCCCCAUUGUUUUAAAAGAAAAUCUUUUUUUCCCCCAACCUGUAAACUUUACUACAUCAGGCUAAAACAACAAAUACAACACAAGCUCAGCAGCCUUCCCAUAAAGCAUUUUUUUGUUUUUUUUUGUAUUUUUUAAAUAAGGGAUUUUAUAGAUAACGUCAAAACGUAUCACUCAUCCCCUAGGUCUAACAAGAGGUACAUUGAUAGAUGCUUCAAAAACAUUCCUUAAUGGAAAAGUAACAAAUAUUUAGAAAGGCAAACCACUCGGGACAAAUCAGCUAAGGGUAAGUUCUAAGCAGGCUUUAAGAUAAUCAACAAAAAAAGUAUAUUUUAGCAGUGCUAGGAGCUGUACGCCUCAUUCAACCCUUUGGAUAUCCACCUGGAGGGAUUGCAGACAAGGGUACAAA